AUGAUGGUUCUUGACAAACUUCACCAUCCAAAUAUAAUCAGGCUCUACGAGGUUAGUUUCCAGUCAUCAGUAGAUUUGCCUCUCCCAAAGUUAACGGUAUUUUAUUUAGCAACGUCUAUUGUCUCCUUUGAGCAAUUUUCUGGACAAUGCUGUCUGAUUCAAGUGGUCUUCUUAUAAAAGUUCUGAAUGUAAUCGUAAAUUAUCUUUCCAAUGCUGUGUUAAAACGCAUCUGAAUAUUGUACUAUAAAUUUUAUCAUUCGCACAUUUUAAUAGAGGUCCUUGCAAAUGUUUUGAGAAUUUAAUGGAUCCAAUAAUAUCCUGCAAGUGUUCUAGCAACAUUGUGUACAGAAGCUGAGCCAAGAAUCCUUAACUCUACCGUUAAAUAGCUGGUUCCAAAAUGAGCCUUUAAAGCAUUUGCUUUACUUUGAACGGAGUUUUGUAAGACACCACAUACCAUGCUGUAAUUUAGGAAUUUUGGGUUUCCUACGUUUUUUGUCUUGCUUAUUUAACAGGCUUUACAUCAACAACUUUUCUUAUAAGUUAGUAUGAGUUGACCAACUAUUUGAUUUGAUAUGUGCAAAUUUUUAAUGUGAUCUGAUACUCGUUAGCUAUAAGUUAAACCAACAACUACGUCUGUGCUUUUACAUCAACUGCCAUAUUUUUCGAUAGGUAAUCGAAUCGGUUUCGAGGUUAAAUAUGGUUAUGGAAUACGCUGCUGGAGGCGAUUUAGAGACAAGACUUCAGAAAAGAGGCCCUUUUAGCGAGACAGAAGGCAAAAUUAUAUUUGCACAACUAGUGGCAGCUGUCGAACACCUGGUAAGUCAAAUUAUAUAAAAAAUUAUUUGAGCAUGCACAGUGAAUAUUUGCAUGGGACGGGUAAAGUCCAGGGUUAAAAUGUACUUCAAAUUGCGUCAAACCGUUUUAAACUACAGAACAUAUGAGUACAUAUGCAAAACUAUAUUUCGAAAGAUGAUGUUUUAAGAAUAAAAUUUAUGGGUGGGAGAUGAUCAAAUGAGUCGAUGGUGCAUCUAUACCUACCAUUUACCCGACAAUGGAAAUGGGGAAUAUCCAAGGGCUAUAGAUUUAUGCUGUCGUCUUCUCUUCGUAGCUAAAUCUCACACAAUCCAUACUGCUUGCAGGAGAAACUGAACAUCAGAGAGCCGUCUAAAAGAACAUCCAUAUCACUGCAUCUUUCUUUGUUUUUAUAUGUCCUAUCAAGCAUGUGAUGAUCUGUUUAUUAGGUGUCCAUGUACGGGAACUACCAUUCUGCAAAUGCUUCUGCCGUACGAGAAGACUAGUUAAAUGCCUUUUGUAAAUUUGCGAAUCUGAUAAUCAACAUAUUCGUUCAGAUUUUCAGCAAUAAAUAUAAUUUUACGAAGAAUGGCUCAGGGAUUCUAUAACAAUCUUCUUGCUCCAACUGUGCGAAUAGUGAAAAAUACAUUCGUAUUUGAAGGUCAGUGUAUUUCGUUAUUUGUAUUUGAUAGAAAGAGACGCACUUGGUCGAACUCUGCGCUAGCAUCUUUAAAAUGUGAGGAAGUUAAAACAGUAAAGUGCCUUCCCUAAGAAAUUUCUAAGAAGACCUUAAAACAGCAAGUGCUAUGCAAAAAAACCUCAAAGCACAAAAUGAACCUGGAGUAUAUAAGUCAAACUUGAUGAGUUUGCCUUGAAAUGUCAUUCUGUGGGGAUAAGUAUAGAUUUCCUACACAUGGACUUCAAUAUGUUCAUUUUGAUUUGUUUCCGGUUUUUUUAAAUUUGACAGAUACAAAGUCUCGAGCGCUCGACAUAGCCUCUGAAUUAAUGUCCUUUUUAAAUAAAAGGAACUGACGAAACACUUCAGUAAUUAAGAGAUGCAAAAGCGAAAUUUGGCAGAUGAUAAUCCCCUACAAUCAAUUUGUAAUUGCUUCCAUAUCGUCAGUUGCCCGUUCACUUCUGAUUGUCAAAAUGCAACGUUCGCAUACAAGUCCAUGCAUCUGCCUCUCUGGGCUGCCUGGAACCUUCAGUAUGAUUUUAAUUUACAGAUAUAUCAGCAAGGACUUCACAAAAAGAUGAGUACUCUCUAAUAGCCAAAGUGCAACUCAAUCCGAAAACUCAGGGAGCAUCUAUUAUUUAUUAUUAUGUCGGUUAUUUGGUCGCAUCUGUAUUAUUAAUAUAGGCAUGUGAAUAUUUUUUAAAAUAAAAAACGCGUGGAGAGCGUUGAGCGCAACCAGCAGCCUCAAAAAAGUAGCAAAGCAUAAAAACAGCCGUCAUUAUGAUUACCGAAUUUAGGGCUUAAUAGUACAUCUAAAAAAUGAAAAAGAUUCUAGGAAGAUGACGUGAAUCUGAAAUUAGGUAAACACUUACUUCCGUAUUACAACAUUUAUUCAGUUGCCAAAAUAAAUGUUAUCUAUAGAGUCAGUGUACGGAUAAACCAAAAGUCGUCGGCACGUCUAGUCUGGGGUAUUGUGUGGUUAUCACAGACAGAUACGAGAUAUUCAUAGGUCAAUCAUGCCACCAGAUUUUUCCAAAUAUUUAGUUGUAUCAUGCUGAUCGAAUACGCUGUUGUUAAUUUUAUAUUUAUUAACAUGGGAGAACUUUCUCAUCUAACCAAGACGAAUUUACAGGAAAUACAUGGAUUUAUUUCGACAAAAUCUUCUAGUGGAAACCAUUAAUCGGACAACUAACAAGGGAGAACUAGUUGCAUUUGAAUAAAUAAGUGUUAUGCAGUCCUUUAAUGUAAUGUUUUGAAAACCUUAAAGUUCGUGAUUGAGAGACUAGGAGUGAAAGAAAAUGGGGUUUUUCUAUUUCUCACAGGGCAAGUUUUGUCGUCCACAGUUCAGCGAACAUGAACGCGGCAGCAAAUUUCGACUUUGGCAGCUUUACUUUGCCUAAUGACCCACAUUCCCUAGUUGUGCCCAUCCUUUAUUACCCACGGUCCACUACUAAGGAUGUUCCAGUAAAUGAGAUUUGACCGUUAAUUGGGAGGCGCUAUAUGCUCUAUUCGAAAUAAGAAACACUGAACCUGUGCAUGGCGCAUGAAUGAGGGGAAAGUGAAUGGUUUUGACUCUGGGAAACGCAUCCACAUUACACUUCAGCGUUUUCCUCACUAUAAUAAAUCUGGCGGGCCUUGAGAUUAUCGAGGCGCUCAAAACACCGUGGCAUAAAAAGCUGCCAACUGGCAGGAUAUCUUGGCCCUCGCGGUCGAUACUGUAUGUAUGCGAGUUGUGUGGGGUGAGUUGUUCAUGGACUGAGAGUCUGGUUGCGAUGACUCCCUCUGAAUGUGACGUUUAUGACACUCAUAUGCACGUGGGAUCUGAGACUUAAUUUUCUGUGAAAAUCUCGUCCCCCGUUCAGAGACUAGGCUGCGUAUGGUACGUGUAGUCGGAGUGUUCAGUGUUCAUUACGUUGAUGCCAAUAUUUAGAAAUCCACGAACACACUAUAUGUGCAGAUGUCCAUGAAACCUGCAAUCAAAUAUUUUAAUAUGAUUCCAAACAAGAUAUUAGUUGACUGGCAUUUACGCAUUCACUAGUUAGAAAAAUAAGGGUAGUUGUAUUUCGCUGUGGCAGCCUGUAAAUCUGCACAUCUCCUUUGUCUAACUCAAUCGCAUUAAACUCUAUGGCAUAUUCUUCACUUUACGUUCGUUAAAGUUACAUGAAUGUUGGCGCAUAUCUUAGAUGGUAAUGCUGUAAAUUAUUUGUUAUGACAGGGCAUUUUUACUCUCCGAGCUUUGCUUACUACUAUAACGUGAACGCUAAAUUUGAGACAUGUUGAUGAGCAUUUUCUAAAACAUGGGUGUGUGUCUUCUUAUGGGAGAUAAAAAAUGGCCUAGGGUCUAGGCACCUGUAAAGCAAGGUUGACGCCCAGACCCACUGCUAACGCCCAAAAAUAAUUGUUGUUUUAUAGAAAAUGUCGUUAAAUAUCUCCUCCAUUCUAUCCAAGAACUGUUUGUCUCUCCAUUUUACUGUGGUUUUCGUAUCCGAAUUUGGGCGAUGGUAUCAUAAAAAUCCAACUAUUUUUGGAUAAAAAGAAAAGCAAUAAUUUAUAGUCACCUGAGCAGUAAGUGACUGAAAAAAAGGUUAGCUACUGACAACGAAAUUAAAUUAAACAUUUGUAAGUUUGUGUGAUUUCGAAAAAUCCGUUGAUUUUCGUGGAUUAAUUUUGUGAAAUAACGUAACGUUGAAAAGCCCAUUCCCAUACGGAAUUAAAAUCCGGAACAAAAAUUCCUGUACUUUGAUUUAAACAAGGUUUGCAUAUUUUCAAAGUAAAUUCAGAGCGGUAUCUCGAAAAUUCUCGUUUAUAAUCACAAGGAAACAAGCGUGACCAUCUCUGAAUUUGUCGUCAUCUAGUAGCAGACGGGGCGCACAUGUGAUUUUCGCAACUCUAACAAAACAUUGACUCAUUUCCUUUCAACGACGAUAAGGGAAACUGAAGAGCGUGUUUAUAAACCAUACAUAUCUAUUCACUUUAGUGGGCCAUUCACAAAACAUUAGUAGUGAUUUUCGUGUUGCUUUGUACAGGAAGUUUUUACACAAAAAUCCGCUUCUGUAGGGUUCUAGUUUUAACUAGGGCAGAGGAUCAAUCGAGUAGCACAACCUGCUUCUAUUCGUCCGAGCUUCCGAGCUCAUCCAUCGCCCGGUAUAAAAGCAACAACGAAACAGGUGACGGUUGUAGGGGGCAUUUUGUUAAUCAACGGUCAGGGACUGUGAUAUGCAAGUGGCUGCGAAGGGCUCUGUGUACCAGUACCAGAUCGACACACCAAUUGACUGAGUUCCACACGGAGGUUCGGGCCUCAAUAAAUUCUCGGUUCGUCUAGUUUCCGGUGGAAUGAUUAUCUUGGGGGCUGCGAAGUUAAACUAGUGGUUCGUCUCAAAGACGUUGGCAGCCACUUGGAAUAAUUCCCCAACUUAUUGUAGAAUCAGUUUACUUUUAGGAUGCGCGAUUCGAACAUGCGUUCGGCCUGACCCCUUUAGGCACUGAUUACAAUUUAUUGAGCCUGUCUGCUCGUUGGGAUUUAAUAGAUCUUUGAUUUUCAUGGUAGAUUAGGGCCGGGUGCAAUUUCAACACCCAGUUCCGCGACAAUGCGCUCGGUCGCCUCUGGAAGUCUUCAAUGUAUGUAGAGUCGUGCCAUACCAUUGAUUAUGUUCCUGGCAAGACCGUCUGUAGAUGAACACAUGGAUAUCGGGUUGUAAACGCCGUCAGACAGCCAUUCUGUACAAAUUUACUCGAAGGCAUUAGGCUUCACGCGUUCCUUCUGCUGGAUAUGUUUGAGGUCUAUUUUUAAACCAAGUUUUGAACUGAACUGUUGCUAUGACAUAUAUGAAGCUGCGUUAUAUUUGUUUCCUUCCUGUAAACCUUGGCCUCUAUUUCACCAUUGAGAUUUCGCCUACCAAGCACAUCUAGGAAGGACAGCCGCUUAGCUUUUUAAUUUUUUUUGCAAAUUAUAUAACUGGGAAGAUUGAACUUAACAGACUUUGGAAAUUCCGCGGCGUGUGUUUUCCGAUGAUAAAAAAAGUGUCAUCAACGUAACGAGUUCAAGAUAUCAACUCCUGUUGGAUGUAGGCAGUCUUUUCUAACUCUUGUAGGACCAGUUCUUCCAUUAACCCGAAAAUCGGGGAUCUCGUUGGAGUCCCUCAGAUUUGGUUACGUGUUUCUCUCUCAAACGCAAAGCACGUUUUUUCGUCAAAAUUCGAAUAGCCUCAUGAGACAUUUAAUUUUAAGACAAACCGAGAAUGUAUUGGAGUAUUGACCGCCGACGAACACCGGUGUACAGUGCCCUGCGCAACCAUCUAUACAUCAGCGUCACUGAUCCUUGACUAAUAUAUAUAGCCUUCAACCGUCGCCCGUUUUGUUGCUGUUUUAUGUCGGACGGUGAAGGAGUUCGGAAGCUCGGACAAAUAAAUGCUGGUCCCGGCGCUGGACUUGUCUUUUUGCUUGUUGGUACAUCUGGAAUUUGUAAAUCUUCAUCCAUUAGGUCCCACUUUCUAAGUGCAUGAGCAUUAUGUAUUAUUACACAUAAUAUUGGAGACCAAAUGAUGUUCUCCUCUGUUUCAUUAUUGUACAGAUUGUCUCAACAUUAUUAAUUGAGACUUUUUUUUAUAAAGAAAGAGGCUUUGAGCGCGAAAAUCUGAGCUAUUCAAAUAUGAAAGGAAACCUACGUUAGUAUUUUCUAAGGUUUUUAAAUUUUGCGUGUGAAAAAAUAGACAUGUUUCUGUAAUUAAAUAGAAUAUGGUAUUGUUACAGAUAAAUCAGUGUUGAACAACUUGUGAAUCGAUAAUGUAGAUUUGAAAAAAACGUUAUAGACAGAUAUGUGCUAUUUAGUGAUCUGCGCAUAAGAUUCAUGACCUUAUACACUGCGUGAACGUAUGCAAAUCGCGUUUUGAAUACUGGAAAAAAUGGUUGUAGUGUAAGUGCGUUUUUUCGUUUUCUUCUGAUCCUGUUAACUAGAGCGUAGCUUCUGGCAAGAAAGCCCACACAAGUUAAGUCGUUCUGUGAAAUCAUGAACACCCGUCUAGGGAGAUGUUUCAAUGCAAAAAAUGUUUACUUCUUUCUCGACUAAAUUAAACAGAGCCUGCACGCCCUUGCCUAUCCGCCCGCCAUAGUCCAUUUUACGCUCUUUUAUGGAAAUUUCUUUCAAUUGCUUUUUGCGGGUUUUUCCUUGGAUCCUACUUUAUGUCUAUAAUAAACCGUCAAAAUUGGAACAAUUUUGCACACAUUAUUAAGAGUAUUUUCAGGUUCACUAAUGGACUGCAUGGAAAAUAACGUGAACAGUACCAUAGGUCCCUUGGAUAAAACGUUUUUUCAAUAAUAAAGCUACAUCACUAACCUAUAUGAUAUUUAAAUAAAACAUACAUCUUGGUUGUCGAGCUCGACGUGUAGGGUAGUGUGAAGUGAUCGUGAAAGGAAACGCACGCUUCGUAAACGGGCGACGGCAGAAUGUGCAUGUGCCAACCAAGCAUUCUUCGAUGUCAUUUAUCCUACAUGUGACUAAGUGGGUAUUUGCAGUCACGAGAUUUCGAUCACCUUCAAGGUUAUGGGUCAGUACCAGGGACCGGUGCUAGCAAUGCCAACUGACCCACGGAUAAACCAGCUUUGUAGACGUUCGAUGACUAUGGUCUGUGCAUUCUGGAUGAACUAACUAAAAGAUAGUGCCUUCAAAAAUACCAGAUUUCUGCUCAGCAACAAUACCACCCGUCCAGACCACCUAAACGCUAAGAUGUAUCUUUCUGACAACAGCAACAACCUACUGUUGAAAAGAAUAAGUGUGCGGUAUAGGAAACAGUGCCGAGUGAUUUCUCGAAAAAUAUGCCAAAAACUGUUUGUGUCUCUUCUAUGAUAAACUAAAAUGGGUCACAUUGGCCCAGUCCUUAAUUUCUGUCGUGUAUGGGCGUGGACUGAUGUCGUGUUAACAACAACAUCCGAAAUCAUCAACAGUCAGUCGAGGAGUUUGAAUGGAGCGUUAUUGUGUGAGAGGGGAAAGGACGAGCAGGGCCGAUAAGCUAAGUCGGUCCUUUUGUGGAAAAAUUCAGGAGAUGAGGUCUCAUUCACAUUCUGGUCUUACUGUUAGCUUGAAACGGAGUCCGCUUGUAUCACGCAUCAGAUAACAGCUAAGCACUGCACCAAAUCCUUUCAUGAUCGGGCUCUGAUAGAUGGGAUGGAGAGUAGUCUGAGAUCAGUCUAACUCGGAUCUGGCUUUUAAUCAAACGCUCCACGAUCGCAAAGUUUGGGACUACUCAGUCUUACACAGUGUCAAGGAACAACUUGCGAUAUUUUUUUCCUAAAGUUGUUUUGGCGACACUUACAUUUAUGUGAGACAUAAAAUUUUAUCACUGAAACCCGAUUUGCUUGUAGCUAGGUAUGAGUUCAUACAAGAGACUUGUUGAUACGUUGCCUAGUUUUGCCAAGCCCUGCACCCAUUACAUCUGCAUCAAUCGUUAACUUGCCUUGCAACUGAAAGAGCAUGUGUGGGGAUCGCGAUUUAGAUGGAUGCUGGCAAACAAAUGUCCCUCUGUAAGAACAUUCUCAUCGCAACAAUGAUGCACCUCGUCACUGCGAUGGUUAAACGAUCAGGACAGUACGCAGGGAGGUUAAAAUGAGGGAUGGAUAUACGCUAAUGCAUGUGCAGAGAGCGAUUCCUGGGUCAAAUGACCCUUUUGAACAGAUCUGCCCUCACCUUACGAGCCGACCGGCAAAUAGCCAAUUCUACAUGAGAACACUGUAGUCUUCGGAGAGGGAAUAGAGCUGGUUGCUAGAUUUAUCUUGCCUGAAAAUCAUCCACCAACUUAGAACCUGCAAACUGUCAAUUUGGGCCACCUUGAUAAUUGUAAAUCGUCCGCUAAAAGUCAAAAUUUGCUGUCUUUUUUAUCCCACAGAUAGACUUAUGCGCGCCAAUAGCUAUGCCUGCAUAUUCUCGUUUCUAGAGGAUAUGGCCGUAUUGCAAUGGUAAUAGCGUUGCACGGUUACAUAUCUACUCGGGUUCAAGGCGCGUGCGCGCUGGUACCCAUAGGCGAAGUAACACUGGCUGAUAGCGGCAACUAAGUCGGAACUCAACACUACUAAGUCAAUAUUUUAGUUUCACAUUCCUUGAUUGAUGACUAUCGUCGCCAUUUUGUGGCCUGCGUGCCCUGUACAACUUCAGUCGCAAGUCAAACUCCAAUGACAAUUUCCAUCCCGCAAUCAAGACAAAGCAAUGCACAUCACUCUCGUGCAUUCACACCUUUCUCUUUUGUAUCUACCUAAGAUUAAGUCGUGCAGUUGAAGUCAGCAAUUUGCUCAAAGUCAUACAGACUCACGUUGGAAUGUCGUAUCCGCCAGUAUUUUUGGUUGGAUAUCAUUAGCCUAUCGAUGCAAAUAGUCAGGAGAUGGUAGUCUCAGAAUCUCUGUAUUUGCUGGUGACAUUUUUGCUAUCACUGAUCACAGUCACCGUGGAAUUGCCAACGGAAACCUAUGCCCCUAUUUCGAGGCAAAACAAAAUUCUCAUUUUUCUUCUGAAAAUAGGAUGGAUCGGUGCACAUCACCAUCAUCUGAUUGGGCCUGCCCGAUUGCAACACUUUGGCAAAAACCGGUAGUAUGGGAUUUGAGGCGUUGAAGGUGCUGUCGAAACACCUGAAUUUGCUUUACUACUGGCUGAUGAUGAUGAAUAGGCUAGAAAUAGACAUCCCUCAUAGGCGACAAACAUCCAACCAUUACUGAGUAUAUUCGCGUUGCCACCGCUCCCAUGCGUUGAAGAUACGGAGAUCCGAGGCAGGUAGAAGUCCGUGCACGCCACUGCCAGACAAUUGGAUAUUUUUGAUUUUAGCUGAUAUGAUUAGAGUCCACAAUUUAGUGAGUAGGAUGGUACUUCAAAACCCUAAAAUUUAUUGUCGGAGCUCAGGUAUGUGAAUGAAGUGGUGGACCGAGAAAAUCUUACUGGAAACGAUCGUUUGAACGCAGCCACCUUGCGGCCGUUCAAGUGGUUUAUGAGUUCCACUCACCAAUCCUUGUGAAAGACGUAUUUUUGCGCAAUCAGGAUAGAUCAAUGAAUGCAAGUGUCAUGGGAAUACAUAUUCAUGAACAAAACUUUUUUCAAAUGUUAUUGUACUAUGAUCUUUUCCCUUCUUAUUCAUAAGCCUAUUGGACGAUUCUUUUGGGUAAAGUAAUUCAACAAUAAUACAUAGCACUAGGUUAUUUGAUAUAGACUGUGCAAUGAGAAUAUUCCAUGCAUGGUCACAAAAUAAAAAUAUCUCAACUUCGAGUUUUAAAAACUCCACUUUGCCAUAGGCAAGCGCGUAUUGUAAUUUACAACUUUAAAGAAACCAAUUCAAAGCCUAAUUAUCUGAUGAAUGGCUGUUGAUGCAUAUUUUCGUUGCAAUAAGCUUGCAAGUGAAUGAAGAGUUUGUACAUUCAUUUAAAUAUGCACAUCUACGAGCGAUAACUGUCGCCUGUCUUCUUAAGUUUCAAGAGCUCUCUUUGAAGGUUCCUUAACUAAUUGGAUCAAUGUUCAUGAAGUGGCUGAUUUAGGUAUUAUGAAGAUGAAUUAUUUGGGAAUCGGUCAUAGAUAAGCUCUGAGUUUGAUGCUGGACGAAGUUGGUCAUUAAGGGAAAACAGUUGAGCUUCUCUUAACAGAUGCACCAAAAUAGCAUCCGCAAACUAACUAUCACCAUGUUAGACAGAAGACCACAAACGAGCUAGGGGAUUGUUGACCGCCGCAAUGACACAGUAACAAGCUGCUUUGCUAUCCCACGGUUUAAACAGCGUGUUUCGUAGAUGGUUUCAUAUCACUCAUUCUGGACUCCAAAGAAUGUUCAAAACCUCUGGUAAAGUGGUUAUAUUUUCUGGCGCUUAGACUUCCAACUUUAAGGAAUGACGGUCUCCGUACACAUUUGUUCAACUUGUGGGACAAUUUUACUAAUGACUUUAACCUUAACUGUAAGUACCAGUAUAGUAAAUUCUGCCAACUGGAAACCAUAGUCAUAAAAAGCAAGCGAUUUUUUAGGCUCUUAAUUUAUUUAAAGUCGUAAAGAUUUUGCAAGGAAACAGACAAAAACGGGCCUUCUGCGUAAUUUUGUGCAUACUUUGAAUUGACGCCUGUUUCAUAUGAGAACUCAAGCAGUCGCCAUUUUCAUUGUUAUUAUUUUGUAGACAUCGUUGCAUUUACAGAUAGGUCCAUGUCAACAAACUUAUAAUGUGACAACAUGGAACUAAACGCGUAACAUAAAAUAACUUACAAUCGACGGUCAGAUGCAAAACUUGGAUAAAACAACUUACAGGUUUAAACGGGAAUUUAGGGUGUUUUUUAAGGUUUAGUUACAAGAACUCCUACGCGGCAAUUUAGAAGACCAUUUGACGAACAUACGCGUGUCUAUUCAUACAAGCUGGAUCUGUGGGUAGGGUGGGAAGGAGGCAGUAAGCGGCUACCAAAUAAGACCAACCCCAUGUGCAUUUACUCCUUUACUUGCUUCCAUGGAGCAGGUUAUAUUGGCCCAACGAGCCGGCACCUACACACCAGAAUACGAGAACACCUGCCGGAAUGGCUAGGGAAAGGUGAAGUUAAAUGGACACAGCUCCAUCCUCGUACACCUGGUUAAUUCUGGGCGUCGAGUUGACCCCAAAAAGCCUUCCGUGUGAUUUACAAGAUCCCACCUUACUAGCCUAAGCAACUGAGUCAGCGCCUACUAGCAACAGCAGAAGCGACGGCCAGUACGCUACGGAGGCCGGUCCUGUGCGCGCGGAAGAACCUCUUGCAUGUUCCGCGGCUACGUUGACCAAAGAUCGAUUGAUUGCAUGCAUGUCUCCGCGCCCUCGGUCCCCCACUUCCCCGUGACACGGCUCUACCGAACCCUUACUGCCACUUACUGCAUCCUUCCUCCACCCUAUUCACACACCCCGCAUGUAUAAAAAGACGAACCGCAGUCAGAUUCUCUUAUCGCUCACACGUUUUACUUUGUGCAUUGUUCACAUAUAUGCAACAGAAGAAAAGUUCUCUCUUCUAACACAAAAUGAUAUGUUUACGAUCAUGCCUGUCAGUUCUGUUUAAAUUUAUUAGACACCGACCGGCCUCAUGCAUGUCACCUUAUGAAAAAUCUUGAUCCUAUGACGUCCCCAUCGGCUAACUCAAACAAUAUCCAGUUUUUUUUGUUGGACCCCAUCUCAUUUAACUCCACAUAGUCAAGGAAAACACGAAACACUGGAAAACUGUUUUGGAAUCCAUACUCAGAAUGUCGGCAGUUGACAAACCAUCAUAUAUGAAAUCACACUACUUAUUAAACGAUAUUUAGGUAUAAACUUAACUACAACACUGCUAUUAGACGUUAUUUUAUGUCUUCUUUCAUAAUUACUACGUUUUUGGUAUGAGAAUACAUCAUAUACAUCUAAAAACGAAUUUUACUUAAUUAAAGCCCUUUUUGCCGUUUUCGGGAUAUUGUUCUUUUCAAAAUAAAUCGGUAUUUCUAAACAACGCAACACUGCCUAUAAUAUUUCUUUUAUGUUUUUAAUUCUUUUAAACUUGUACUUAAUUUACAUAGACGCUGGAAUCAUGAAAUGGUGUCGGUUUGCGAUUGCUUGGCAAUCAUUCGUAAAUUUCGAUACAUUUCAUGAGUUAGGUCACGAAAUGUAAAUGGACUUGUCUGAUAAGAAUUUAUUGAAAGAACGCGUACGCUCGCCAUAUGAUCAUUUUUAUGUUGGCCACUUUUAUCCUCUUAAAUAACUUUCCAUGCAGACUAACAUUGCGUUUGAGUUAAAUCUCAUGCUUGGCAAAUCGGUGUGGACGGAGUCUUAAUUGAAAUUCUCCACUCUGACUAGAAAUCUAUAUAUCGGUGCUUUUAGAAUAUUUUCUACCAACUGCAUUAUGAAUAAACACCGACAGACAGGGAUAAGGUACCCUUUGGAGAUAUAUGUUUAGAACAAAACAUUUGGGCUUAUUCUAUUCAGGGGGCGUCUGGUUCUAAAUUCUAUUUCGAACUAAUAGGCAAACGUAUUUAUUUUAUUUGGCUCUAUGCGUGUUCUGAUAGUCGCACAUCUUUAUCCUUGAGCAUUAGUAAAGAGCAUUCUGAUGUGACUAAGAGAAACCAAAUUACGUAGACAUUCGAUCAAAAUCCAUUAAUUGAUCUAUGAGGAAGCAUUCUAAAUAUGCUGAAACUCAUCGGUAUUUUAUAUACAAAAUGCUGGAGUGAGAAAUGCUUUCUGUUGCUACGUUUACCUUAUUAUUUCAGAAAGGCAGAAUUAGUUUUCCCAAAUAUUUUCCAUAAUUGCAGAAAUUUUUAAUAAAAUGGAAAACGAGAUGUACCAGCAUUCAAACUUGCCUAUCGUAGGCAACAAACUCAAUAACAUUUUUUGACUAUGUAUCGGUAAUGUCCGUUACAGUGAUUUCGGCUUUCUGUAAUUGAUACGGCAUUUAUGCCUCUUAAAUAAACUUUUCUGACUUUCACUGGCUUAUACUAGUAACCGUAGAUUACUUUCACAAAAUGUCGCAUUUUGCGUCUGGAUUAGAUCUUUUACAUGCUUUAGUGGUUACUUUACAAUGUGGUUCACGUUCAAGAUUUUUCUUCAUAAGCAUGAAAGAAAAAUUGCUCACCGUGACAUAAAGGCCGAAAACGUCUUCUUCGCUGUUCGCUCGUCGGUGACUGACUCUUAUGAAGAUAUAGCGAAGUCGGGAUCCCUACAAAAGAGGGAAUAUGCUGGAAGUGACGCACAAAUAAAGAUUUUGGGUGAAUGUAGAGUGGCGAGAAAGCGUCUGCAGAAUUGUUCUUCGCUGGAUUUGUCAGGUAAUUUCCAAUGGUUACAUCGCUAUAUGCUUCUCGCUAAAACACGCCGCUAAAAUAACCUAUUUUUUGAAAACUUCUAUAGCUUAAUAGGGUGAAACUGAGGGAUCUUUAAAAAUUCGUGGAAAGAUGUAACUAUUUAAAUUCGAUGUUUUUUGUUUGUAAUAUAUUUAAAUGCAUUUCUUAGGAAUGCUCGUUACUCCUUACUAUACUGACUAGUUAUGCCUAAGUUUACUUUUUGAAUGGCUGCCUAUAUUUAAAAAUUCCCCCAUCAGUACGUUUCGAAUGCCAGGGUCAACAUUCUACUUUGUAUGCACCAGUAUGAAGUAGAAACAAUGCCAUUAUCCAUCGUUUACACGAAACCAUGUCUUUGAUGUGUUGAAGUUGGACUUACGAUCUCUUGAUAGGGUAAAGUAGCAAGAAUACACCUUAAGCAAAUAUUUAUUUGCCCUUGCAUCUUCAUCUGAGAACACACUUCUGGGGAGAGUAUUUGGCUAUAUCAAAAGCGGUUGGUGAGUACUACUUGCAGUAAACAAAUAAUCAAAAUUUUCAUGCUGAAAAGUUGCAUAAGAUCCUUCGGUCAGUUUAUGGACCCCACGCACAUACCAAUUUGAAAAUAAGAGCCAUUUGUUCGUACCCAUACUCACAAUUUAUUUUACAGUUGUUGAAUAACCGGUUGUUUGUGUUCGUGUUUCCUUCCCAACUAUAUCGUAUAUGUGACUUAAAGUUAACCUAUGCCAUCAAUACAAACUGCACAAGGAAUGAGAUCUUCAGACUUAUAUGUUUUAGUGACAGAUUUGUGUAAUUCGUCUGACCCACUUGUGAAGACUCGGAGGCAUCUGUGAGGUUUGCACUCAUGAAAAAAGUUGCUCAGGUGGCUAGAACGUUCAGUCCAGUUCAGUCUAUUCGAGGUUAAUUUGGUCUGCAUCUUUGAACUCCUUGUUUUUUUACAAGCAACAAAAUUAUGUUAAUAAUUUUGAAAGGUGAACAUCGAACCAUUAUUGAACUAUCGCAAACCGUACAGAUAGACAAACACUCUUAAGUGGUAAUGGCACUGACAGACCUACAUGCGUAUAUGCGAUGAUUAGUGCGUAGUACAUCAGUCAUUUUAAGCAAAACCAUACUACAGAGAAUGCAGUGCGAUAUUAAUUGUCUUCAAACACCGCUGUAAAUAUCGUUAAUUAGGAGGCGAUAAGAAACGUUCGUAGACGAGGGCUACUUAAACAUUCACAGUAGCACUGCAAACGUAAUAAAUUGCAAAUAAGGUGAACAUGCGAGCUCUGGGACAAUACGUAUAUUAGUCUGAGCUUUCGGUCUCGUACAGGAAGACGUCGUCAGAGACUGAGAACGCGACGUCAAAUUAGCAGUUUUGUAGUCAAGCAAUGAAGGAGGGGGAUGAAAGGAGCAACCGCCAUGAUGAACCGCGUCGAUUACAACGGAAAGGCACAAGCCUUCCUUGACGACCAACAGUCCUACAAAUCCACGCCUUCCUCGCGAGCCAAAACGAUGAUCGGUCAACUAACCGGACUCUUGAACCGAAACAGGCACGACAGUGCAAUAUCGCUAGACGAACGGCGACAGAUGAAACCAACGGACACGGCAAUGACCCGCUUUUAUAAAUUACCCAAAAUCCACAAGCCAAAUGUUUCCCUUCGACCGAUCGUUGCCUUGAAAGGCAGUCCCACUUAAAAUCUAGCCAAAUGAAUGGUCCGAAAACUAAAGUUUCUCCGAGAAUGCUCGAAGACCUCCAGCAAUUCGACCUACCAGUUCCUGCCUGACAUCCGAGGAAUAACUAUUCGACCUGAUCAGAUUAUGAUGUCCUCUGACAUGGUUUCAUUAUUUACAUCUAUCUCACCGGACCUGGCACGUGACGUUCUAUAUAAAUGACUCGAACAAAAUUACGACGAAACGAAAAGACCUUUAAAAAUCGAUCACAUACUAAAAUUUUGCUUUCUGCCAACAAGCCUUUUUCACUUUUAAUGACAGAACAUACGACCAGAUCAAAGGAACACCGAUGGGUUCGCAAAUAUCCAGGCUCGUUGCGGAACUAGUCUUACAGGAGUUGAAAAAAGUCGCCUUCGACUACUAUGAACCCGCGUUUUGGCGCCGGUACGUAGAUGACACGUUUGCCAUAAUUGAAAGGAGCAGACUAGCAGACUUUCAAGACCUGUUUGACGACAUCUUCCCCGACAUUCAGUUCACGAGGUAAGAAGAGCAUUUCGAACAGUUGCCUUUCCUUGACGUCCACGGGACACGCACACCCAAUGGCGAACUCAACACCACGGCGUACAGAAAAGAGACUAACACGACUCAGAUUCUCAACUUCUAUAGUAACCACCCAAUGGCGCAUAAACGCAGCUGUGUAAGGACACUCUUCCAAGGGGUAAAACGCAUUGCAGUGAACCGGAGUGACGAGUACGAGAACUAUGGCACCCUCGGGACCAACUGGCAAGGAAUGGAUACGUAAACAGUUUUUUCAGCCGCAGCCUCCGCAUGCAACCAUGACGAAAAAACGAAAGAGAGCCGCCAACAAUCUGGCACCCUCCACCAUAUACAAAGAAUGUGUCCGAGGCGACGGAACGCAUCGCUGGAGAGCUCGGCGUGGGUAUCGCUCACCGUCCGACAGCGAUCGUGCGCAACAAAAUCAUGCGAGUUAAAGAUCGAAUAGACGUAGGAGAACAGUCGGAUGUCGUUUAUCAGAUCCCAUGCCGGGACCACCCUCACUAUUACAUAGGACAGACCGAACGACGGCUUAGCUCCCCAAUAACUCAGCAUAAACGGGCAGUCUAGAGAGGCGACUCGUUGACUGAAGCCGCCACUCACACCCCGGAGGAAGGCCAUGAAUUAAACUUUGUGAGCAAACGGAUAGUGGCGCGCGCCAGCAAUAAGACAUGGCUAGAACUGCUGGAGGCCUCGAUGUCUGACAUCAGCUCCAUAAAUAGGCACGUUGAUAUACCCCUGCUAUCACGCGCUCCGUUCCCGCGAUCAAGGGGUGAGACCCCAUUCCCAGUCAAGGGUGCACGCGGUCACGCCGCCGUGAGACGGCGUGGACUCAGCCUUGUCGCGACCACCACCACCACCCCUCCUGAACUUCUAUCCCCCUCCUUCAUUGUUUGACUAUAAAGACUGCUGAGUUGACGCUGCAUUAUCACAGUCUCUGACGGUGGUCUCCUAUACGAGAACGAAAGCUCAGACUAGUACACGUAUUGUCCCAGAGAUCGCGUGCCCUUCUUCUUUACAACGAGACCCUGGGAUUCGCAUAUUCGCUUCCAUCCGUAAUAAAUUGUAAAUGCAGAGCGUCAGAAUGUGGGUCAGAUAACGUUAUGGUGCGAGCUGUUAGGAGAGCCUUCCAAGUUCCAACUACUCUGUUCAAGUACUUACCUGUGCUUAGUGUGGCCAGUCACAUACAGUUUGAUUGUCCUCGCAGAUUCGUUGUGAUUGCUAACUUGAAGUCCCCAGGUACAAGACAGCUUUCCUGACCGUGCAUGAUGCAGAAUGCUCGUAUCUGCCCGUAACUCAAUGGAAAACGAAACGAUAUUGGAUAAUUGUGUUUCAUGGAGCAGCGAGACCCGUCCAGGUUCAAAUUUGAUUUCGCACCACUGAAAUUUCCCAAAGCACUAAGGUCCUUGGCAGUCCAAGAUUUCUCGGUUAAGAUGACGGGCUACAGUUCGAAAGACUUAAGCGAAAAAGUCUUCAUCGAAGCUAGAGAAAUUCGGCUUAGUAAGACUCAGAACUGACAUAAUUGAGUUGGUUACCGUUGCGCAGUGCGAUAAUAGUUUAAGUGAAGUCCUUAUCAUCACAGCCAAGUUUUUCCGGGCGUCCACUUCUUGCAGUGGCAUGUUAUUUAGACAGAAAACCUUGCAUUUCUGGAAUCUACCUCCGUCGAAUUGUACGAUAUUGGAUCUUUGUUCAAAGGAAAAGAGAAAAAACUGUCAUUAAACUGUUGCCCGAGUCGUUUCAGGCUUACCUGCAGGCGCUCCUCGUCAGCUUCAGUUCGUACAACACUCCAAAGCCUGAUAUCAUCAGAAACCAUGGUGACAGCACAGGCCAGCUUAUGGACGCAGUCGGUGGCUUACACAAUGAACAGGACAGGACCAAGUACUGAGCCUUAGGGGACAUCGCUUACAACCUCAACCGGCUGCUUGUUACCCACAUAGACCAUUUAAGAGAGGUCAAUUAAGGAGCUUGUCCCGACGCCUGUUCGGCUAAGUUUGUACAGAAGCCGCUGAUGGAGUGUACUAACAAAGGCCUCCGUAAAGUUGAUACAGACUGCAUGCACCGCAUUCCUUCCAUCAAGUGCCCGAGUCUAGUGUUCUAAACAGCAAAGAAAGUUUCUCAAGCAAGACGCACUUUUAUGAAAUCCAUGCUGGGCAUCAGAUAGUACAUUUUGUCGCUCUAAAAAUGCAGUAGCUCUCGCGUAGUUAUUUUUUUAUGAUUUUUCAGCGAACCAAAUGAGGCCCACUGGUCUGUUUAUAUUUGCGGUGACCUUGCUUCCACCUCUACGGAGUGAUUUGUGCAGACUUCCAAUGGGCGGGCAAACAGUCGAUUUCGAAUGAGGCUGUAAAAUGCGUGGCGAGUUGUUCGGCUAUAUUAUCAGCAAGUUUCCUCAGUAAUUAGGACGGUAUGUCAUUUGAACACGGUGACCUUUACUCAUUCGGCGCCAAAAGUCCUUUACUAACAGUUGUUUCGGUAAAAUAUGCAGUCUCAAUCUUGGGACACUCCGCAAGUCGCAGUCGAGUAGAGUGAAUUCGCUUUUGCCCGUCUUUACUAACGCCUAGGUCUUCACUAGCCUUCAGUCGGGACAUGGGAUCUCUGCCUCUUGUACCCCUGACGUGACAGUGGCCAACCUUGGAUUUUUAACGGCACGUUUCAGCCGAUUUCUUUCGAACUCAUGCCGUGUUCUGAGGACAAGUCUCUUGACUAGGUUCCUCUGCGCCUUGUAUGCAUUUAUCGGCACAGGGUUCUUAUCAUCUCCGUAUUUGUUCACAUCUCUCUUGAAGGCCUGUGCCAGUCACUUGGAUUUACUUUUCAGUCUCUUCCGUGAAGUCGGGCGGUGGUUUCGGGGUCGAAUACGAUGACUCACUGAUCAAUUCCCAACCCUCGGCUGUUGUCGGCAAAGCUGAUUCCCAUGUCAUGUUGUUUACCUCGGCCGUCAUUUGACUAAAGUCACCGUGCCAUAUGCUUCUGAUGAGUCUGAUGGGCCAUUCGGGUACCGAAUAAUGUAAUAUUCCGAGAACUGUGUGACAUGACUGUUUCGACCUGGGAAAGGUAGACAUUAAAGCUCAUCAGUUCUGUCCAGUGAACUCUUGAGCACCAACUGCAGACAGUUUGACUGUUACCCUCAAGCACCAUUGUCCGGAACAAGAAGUACUGAGUCAGAAAUAUCCUAAAUGUCAUGUUUAAUAAACGUCGAUCAGAUACUAGUUCUAGACCAAAUGCAUAAACUGGACUCCAGCCAAUAAGCGUGGCAUUCAAAUCUCUCAUGAGCGGACGUCAGGUCGACUAGAGAAUCUUUUUAGCUCCUCAAUCAAACGAGCAUCAGCCUCGGGCUUACUUCUCGGUGUUCGACAGGCAGUCCCGAACCUCAAUGCUUUGAUGUCAUGGUGCCUUUAUAGCGAGUCAGAUAACCUCAGUGCCGCAUACGAACCUAUCUGUUUUUUUCUGACACAAGCAGUCCGCGUUAUACGUACAUGAGCACUCCUCCGUCUGGCAUUCUCUCGUAUCUCUUCAAAAUAAGUGAAAUUCGGUUGGUGACAAUUUUCGGUCAUAUACAUUGUCACACAAUCAUGUAUCUGUCAAAGACAUAACGUCUGGGGAGAGGUCGUAGAUGCGGAUUACCAGUUUCUGGAACUAACUCAUUAUGCCCAGUAUUUUGGUGUACACAGUUUCGAGUUUCAUAUUUUUGCAGUGUUUUCGUACAGCGCAGCUUGAGUCUCCAUUUGAUGAAUAAGGUGGGCCUUCAUUCGAAGUGGUUCGGCCAGCAGAAUGCUAGAAAGCACUGGACUAUCUAUCUGUCCUGUAUAGUCAGAUUCUUCCCCCCACUAUACAUUCGCAUUUGCGGUUCCAAAACUAAUUGUCGGUGUUCCAUUCUCUGUAAGGCUGUGUAUUUCGGCUGACAAAGACACCGCGGUUGGCAUAUUUCACAAUGGAGCAUCGGGAAAUAAUAAAUAUGUCUUUUUCCCGAGUAGCCAGCACUACUUGGAACAGCUUGGGGCAUAGACAGUCUACGAUGCCGUUAUGGAGACACGAUCGCCAGGACAAGAGCUUAUUCGCCCGGCGUUUCGGAUUCCUGCUCGAACCCAUCAUCAGAGACAAUAGCAGGUACGUCCAAGCGCCUGUCGAGUCGACAGACUUUGAGCACCGCAACUUCCUCAGUUGGCUGCAUAGGUUCGAUAAGGAGACCUUGGAAAAGCCCUGAGUCUACCGAGACUCGUUCUUUGGGAAGUCCCUGAAUUAUCAGGAAUUGCCAUCUGUUCGACGAACCUCUCCUAUUGUAAGCAGUUCGCGCCUGGAGAAAGUUAACAUGUGGUCGUCACGAACUGACAAUGACACCUCUCAUUUUGCUCUACUUAGCUUCCGUUAUGCUUGUCUCUUGACACAGAGGUAACUUGUUCGCUCUCCUCGACGCUGGCGUUCUCUGGGAAAAACCUAUUCAUGUAACGGCAAUUGCUUAAACGGAUGUUAUUUUCAUUUUCAUAGGAAAUUUGAUGUUGUAGAAAUUUAGGCUUAUUUUGGAUUGUGGGCUUUGACGGCUGCCCGGUUACUAGCGUCACGGAGGUAGUACUUAAAGCACUUUGUUUAUUUAUUUGCUUGAACAGCCUUUAUUAUGGACUCCUACGACUAGCAGCGGAUUCUGUGGCUGGUCGUGAUUUAAGCAUGAACUGAGUUUUUUCCGGCUGUGGUAGGCCAGGACUCCCAGCACUCGGCAUCCUACUUUAGGGCCUCCACUGCGAUGCUACAGAACCUUCAUCUUCUUUUCUUUUGCGUCGGGUUUUCCUUUCUCCUUUUGUGGAUUAAGCGCAGAAUAGGUUAAUAUUUUCAGAUUGUUCACUUCGCUUUCAUAUCUAGAACCUUCAGCAGGGGAUAUAAUCCUCCGGCUCAACUUUAGCCUCGUACAUCACGUCUCUGAAGCCUUUGAGUUACAUACCCGCUUGGUGGGAGAAGAUCGGAUGACAAAGAGCCUAUCCAUGAAAUACAUCUGACGACUAGAUACACUUAUCUGGGUAGAAUGUUCAUCCACUGCGACGCUUUGCAUACUCUGAUGGUUGACUUAUUCGUUUGGGAGUCGUCUUACCGGGUUCGAAUCCCAACUACUUACUCCUUUCUGCCGAUUGUUCUCCAAGUCCGAUAUUCAUUUCUGUAUGGGAUGUCUGAGGAACGUUUACAUAAAGACUAGCAAAUCGAUUUGAAACCACCAAAUACAUGAAGAAAAUUUCAAAACGACUCUGUUGUUAACGAUAUUGUGAGGCCAGGCAAAUAUGUUGGUUUAAAAUGGUCCUGCAACUAUCUCGGUGUAAAUGUCUAAAGAGAAAGGUACUGUUUGCGUGAACUCGAUUAUAGGUGUGGAGUGUGAAAAUCCGCGGAAUUCGAGGAUUCUAAACUAAAUUCGAAACACGCGCGUGUUGGCUGUACACAGGCCUUGCAGUUGCUGUAAAGUGUAUGAUCACCACCGAGGCCGCUGUUUUUUACGUUGGGUCAGAUUAAUCUUCAGGUGUUUUACAUAAAGACAACCAAGAUAGCGGUUCAAUUCUCAGCACUCCAGUAACUUCUUUAUUAUACGUGAAAUCACAAUUAAUGGUCAGAUUGGCGCCCUUUCUUAAUCUUAGUCAUGUGGCAUAUCUCGACCUGAGUUUCUGUUCAGGAAGAUAAAGGUAUAAUAUAAUCCCUAGAAAUACUGACCGUGAUGCAUAUAUUGAAGAGGUCGUGUGUAGGCGUGGAAAAUAGCCCCAGGGCUUUAUCUCUUCCUAGUGCGGAUAUUUCAUUGACUGUCCAAACUGCCCGUGUUUUUCAAUCUCUUUUAAAUGAUAUUUAUUUCACAAUUAGGUCUUAAGAGACUUUAUUCGAGCGUUCGCUUAUUGUUGAACCGGACGCUGUCAAUAAUAGCUAUCAAUGUAAAGCGUAGCCUUGAUCGAGACGAAAAUAUGCUUGAUACAUUCUUUUACUUUGCAUGAAUUUCAAUCUGUCCCAUUUUCCUAUCAAUUUGCUUUUGUUUCCAGACAGCCAUUCAAUAUAUGACUUUGAUUGAUGCCGUCAAAUGGACAGUAAUUACGGGGUAACUCAAAGGACCGAUUCAUAUUUAUCAUUAUUCUCCAGAAUAUCUGGGUAAUAUUACAAGGCGCUAAGUGUUCUUCAGCCAUCAUAAGACAACGAAAACAAAUCCAACAGUAAAAUGCUAACAACAUCGUAAAAGUAUAUUUUCUAAUGUCACGGCAAUUAGUGGUAACAGCAACAUCAUUGGUAGCUUUGCGCAAAAAAGCAAUUAUCAGUUUCAGACGAAAAAUAUAAUAGAGAAAAUGAGUACGGUCGAAUAUGUUUUCUGAUAACCAAAUUUGUCCUGUGCUAUAAAAACAGUUAACUUAAUUAAGAGUAGGAAUUAUACCGCCAUACUUAAGUCGUUGUUUCACAAUAAAAAGCUAUAUUUUCGAAGUUAACUACAUGAUUUCUAAUGAUUAUAAGUGAGUGGCAGUUUACAAACCCUUUGUAGUAUUGCGAAAUUUUUGACUUCGUUUAUACUCUGUUACAAGCUUUAGGCAACGAACACCAGCCUGUUGAAUCGCUGGACUUUUACCGCGUCAAAAUUGGAGAUUUUGGUUUCAGUAAAAUUAUGGACAGCCGAAAUCAACACUUGUCAACAUUUUGCGGAUCUCCACCCUAUGCUGCCCCUGAAUUAUUUUCGUCAACGUCGUAAGCAACCAUUCAUCACAGUAAUUUAAUUUUGCAUUUUCAAUCUGAGUGACUAAUCCUACUCAGUUAAAACUUUGCCCGACAGCAUUAUUUUUCUUUUACUUACAAGUUCAUUGGCAUUAAGUAUUUGGCGUUUGUUCAGUUGGUCGUUCCGUUGCAUUAAAAAUAACAAGAAACACAAACACAAGAGUGGUAGCUUGACAUUGCAUUAUUGGGGGACAAAUACUCAAUUGUACUAUGCUAAUAUGCGCGAAACGACAUCACCGACAAGGACAAGGGGGACUGGAAUGGCCAUUUCUGACUUAGUAGCCGCCGUCAGACAAUAACACCCAACUCCGAAAUGUGGAACGCCCGGCGGUUGAUCCCGCGACCUGUUGGUUAGAAGUUAAACAUUCUUAACCACUGAGCCACGGGCUCGUUAUCCUGUUCGUUUUCAUCGGGCAUACAUAAUGGUGGAAGUGCGCUCACCGAUCGCGCUACUGAUCUCACUCCUUCCGGUGUGCUUUGGUUAGGGGCGUUGGACUUCCAACCGACAGGUCGCGGGAUCAACCUCCGGUUGUUCCACAUUUCGGGGUUGGGUGUGAUUGUCCGACGACGGCUACUAAAUCAGAAAUGGCCAUUCCAGUCUUUUUUGUCCUUGCCGGUAAUGCUAUGCUGCCCAUAUCAUGCGCCCUGUGCGGCAGCUGGCGGAGCUCGAGAGAGUGCUGCAAGGCACAACAAGAGGAUUGAGUCCCGUAGCCCGAUCAACGAGCGCCCUUCUACCAUUAUGCUAAUAGCCAUUUCACAAAACAAAAAUAUGCUUUGUGGAAUAGUGAUCUUAUUGGUCAUACCAACAUUUCCGUGCACUAAAAGUGAUUUAUUGUAUGAACUGUCUACUUCGCAAAAUAAUGUAGCUAUUUUUAGUCAACGCCCGUAUAUGGUUUAUUUGAAGUUUCUUCCUGUGUUUUUCUUUGUAAGGUGUACCUUACCAUUCUAACAUCAUCAACGCAGCUAAACACGGUAUUUUAGAACUAAACACCCCAUAAAAACUGUCUACGAGAGUUAAAAAGUAAGAAAUAACAGUUAAUAGUCAGGAUGCAAUGCGCUACAUUCAUGGAAAUCAUUAUCAGAACCGCAUUUACUUGUUAAAGCGUGUAAUCUGGAAGAAAGCCUGAUUGUUUAAACUGAGGAUUAGCACGACUUAUAGAUAUUUUGUUACUUUGAGUUUUAAGGGCCAUCUGUAAAAUAAACGACAGAAGUGUGGAAAUAAUUUUAAAAAGCCUUAAAUCUUUUAAAGGCGUUAACUAUUUAAGUGUAUAUAAAAGUCUAUGCAGCUUUUAGUGCUUCUGACAGAGCAGGCAUCUUUCUGAGGUAGGCCUAGAUGUUUUUGCAAUGUUCACUUUCUAAUUGCUCAGCUGAAAAGUCCAAAGUGAAACAUCGGAAUCUUUCAAAUUUUGGGUUUUUUGUAUAUCUUCCACCUUAUGGAAGAUACCUUUAGUAACCUCACGGCGAAUAUUUGAGGAUCAUAUAUACCGCGUAAUGUUCCUGGACUGACGUUUUUGUUGUAAUGGUUCUUCACAAUUUAGGCAGUUUUUUAAGUUGGCGAUUCCAUCAUUUAUUCAACAAAAUAGGUCUAAAAAAAUAACAUCCUACUUAGAUAGAUAUUUAUAUUGUAAUAAAUAAUAAGAUCUAUAAUGUUGUUUGCCUUAUGCUUACAUUUUAUCUACAAGUUGUUAUGCCCAUAGUUUUCAUUUACAAAAUUAAUGUCAAAUACGAAAGUUAAUGUGACCCGUUAAUUUUGCCCAAAAGGGUAAAUAAACAUAACUGAAAUCUGCCUCUUUUAUAUCACUAAUACGAUGCCUUGACUGCUCGUGGCAAAUUUAUUGGUCUCGCGCCACUCCUUUGUAUGACACUUUAUAUGCGAUUCAUGCCUAGCAGCGCGCUAACGAAUUGUAUUUUACUUUCAGUUAUCUCGGACCUCCAGUCGACAUAUGGGCGUUAGGGGUUCUUCUUUUUUACCUUCUAGUAGGCUUUCUACCCUUUCGCGGUCGAACUGUCGGCCAACUGCGUAAGUCUAUUCUAGAAUGUCAACAGGUGAAGAUCCCACAGCGUAUUUCUGAGUCGGCGAGCAGCUUAAUUAGAGAACUUCUUUGCAAAAAUCCCCUGAAUCGCCCCAAGGCUGCUAAGAUCAUCAGCGACGCUACACAUCCCUCAUCAUCACUUCGACCAGCGUCUGUGAGUGGGGUGCAAUCUGGUGCUAAAUCGCAUACCAGAGACUCGGAGUCCUGGUUGGCUGGACAAGUUUUCCCAAAGGCCUACCCAUGUUUUCGGAUAAGUCCAAAUGUGCGUUAAACACCUUGUCCUUGCACGCAUUAUUCACGGCACAGUAAAAAGAAGCUACUGUUUCUUUGCUAAAAGCCCAUAAGGAUGUUUACGGAGUGGCCUUAAAAUCGCACCCUUUGCUCGCUAACAAGACGACUAUCUCUGAAAAAUGUAUGAACCUCCCACAUCCUUCUUUUCAUUAAAGUUAAAAACCGGAAAUAUUUGACUUAAGUCUACUUAAUACUGUGAAAUGAAGAAACUGUUCUCAGUGUCCAAGUCGAACAAUAAAUAUGUUUUUAAAUUUUUUGAUAGGAAAUGAGUGAAACCUUUUCGGAAAAAUAAGGUUCCUUGCCCGUUUGUAUUUCCUAUAUUACGAUGCCUCUUUGGCAAGUUUUGAUUCAUUUUAAUCCGCAUGGCUCCGUCAUAAGGCUGCCCAUAAAGAAAAGUCGUCUAUGUAACGUUUUAACAUGUCUGAUUUUGCCCAAAAUGAUUAAAAAUAGGACGUUAUCUGUUGAAGGCGUCUGAAUUUAAGCAAAAUUCGUUUGGGCAUUAUUUAAGUCGGUUACAUAUGUCGCGGCAAUACACUGAGAGGCGGUAGUUGGGAAUUAAAAGCCGCUGUGUUGCUUCUUGUUUGAAUGCCAAGGAGUUCAGUUUUAGGAUUAUGUAUGUAUAGUUUGGGGCUCAUGUCUUGCUCAUCGGUUAUGGUGACUAUUUAUAAAAGAACGUAAUCAUAAAAGAUCGCCGUAAAAUAUUGAAACUAUGCCACCGGAGGAAAAUACUUUAUUGUAAAUUCUCUAGUAAGCAUGGCCUUAUAAGCUGUAAACCACAUGGUAGUCCUUCGUUUGAAAGCUGCCCACAGUGCUGAAAGCAAAUGACUAGCAACAAAUUAUUAACAUGAUUACCAAAACACAGCGUUUUGUCCUAAUUAUCAGUGCUGCAAGAGUGUUGACAUGUUGAUAGCGUUCCUAAAAUCGGUGUAUUUUCUUUUAAUCUCUGAUCCCAAAGGAAGGGGACUGAGGUAAAAACUAAUACAAGACAUUUUGAAACUCUCGUUGUGGCUCCAUUGAUAUCUUGUCCAUUCUCAACUGGUCGUCCACGUAUGCAUUCAUCCUCGUUCGCCUUAAUUAGGGCUGCAAGCCCGACUUAAACCUGACUGACUCUCUUUCAGGCACCAUCGGCGCUUAAAACUCCGUUCCAUCUGUCAACCAGUUGUAUGAAUGAUCACAGCAAACAUUUUCACAUGCCCGCUACACUUACAGUGCGUGACCUAUCUCAUGAAAUGUUGGCUGAAAUUCUGAAAUGCGUUUUGAUUAGGAAGGAUUACUUGGUCGCGGUUGUGAUACUGAUCAUCUUAAGGCAUACUCUUAUAACAUUUUGGACUCGGAUGGAUGUCGGCUUUUAAAUGCACUUCUUUUCAAACUCCUGUAGAAAGCGUGCUCGGUAAAAAAUGACUACUUAAGUAGCACGCGUUUUUCCCAUUGAUUUUCGAUGGUCUUGGAAAUUCAAAUAUAUUUUAUAGAAACCACAAACAGAUAUGUUCUUUCUUUUAGUCAAUCAAUAGAUAAUCACGUCUUCUUUAUAUUUUAUACUUAAGGAAGGAGUAUAAUUAGGUUUUAAAAAAGUUUUCUAAUUGCCGAAAAAAUUGGAGCCUGAUCAUUCGUUGCAUUAGCGCUUAGUGAUUACACUCUACAAGGAGCAUGCGUUCCGCGUAAAGAAAAUCCCAUAUUUUUUAAUGUCAUUAAAGAGAUAUCCUACUGGGUCCAUACAAUUUUGUAAUCGAUGCGGACCAUGUUGUACAUUACAUGAGGAGCAGUGGUAAACGUCUAGCUACGAUGCUAUGUGAAUGGACAUAUCGCGGUCUUAAAAAGUCUCAUAAUUAGAAACUUUUUUAAAACCUAAUUAUACUCCUUCCUUAAGUAUAAAAUAUAAAGAAGACGUGAUUCUCUAUUGAUUGACAUAAAGAAAGCACAUUUUUGUUUGUGGUUUCUAUAAGAUAUACUCGAAUUUUCAAAACCAUCGAAAAUCAUUGGGAAAAAUGCAUGCUACUUAAGUAGUCAUUUUUUACAAAGCACGCUUUCUACAGGAGAUUGCAAAGAAGUGCAUUUAAGAGCCGACAUCCUGCCGAAUCCGAAAUGUUAUAAGAGUAUGCCUUAAGAUAAUCAGUAUCACAACCGCGGCCAAGUAAUCCGUCCUAAUCGAAAACGCAUUUCAGAAUUUCAGCCAACAUUUCAUGAGACAGGUCACGCACUGUAGAUUUUUGGAUGCAAUAAGCCGUACAAUGAUAAAUAGCAUUUUCACACUUGCUUCAAAGUGACUCCUUAUUCGAAAGUUGCAAUUUGAUUAUUACUCAUUUUUUCGGUCUUGCCAAUGCACUCUAAGCCCCGCGUCUGACUUAAAGCAUACUUUUUAAUGUCCGCUAAGUAUCACUGGAUGUCCAUAGCAUAAACAUGCAAAUUCUGUCUUCUCAUUCCAGUGCGAUUUUCAAAGGCCCCCAGGCCGCUAUCCCAUGCCGACCAGAAGAAGCGAUAACGCCUCACAUUUGUCACUAUCAAUCCUGGACACCAAAAGUCCGUCUGCCGAUAUCGAGGCUGUUGGCAAAACUACAAACCGGCUGUCGGUGCCCAGUCGCAAUGAUAUUUUUGAGGACGGGCAAGCAAGUGACGUCAGUGCGAGAAGUAGCCUACUGCCAGACGCAAUCGUAUAUCAUUCAGAGGCUGAGGCUGCUCGUCUGCUUCUACAUAUGGGGAUUUCACCAGAGCAGAUGGAUGUUGCACGAUGUCUAGAAGCCCGAAGUUCCAUCACUGGAGCCUAUCGCAUUCUUCUUCAUAGGCUUCAUAGGUAAGAUUCAACCAAAAAAUGCAGUCUUCUAGAUAGUCGGCUCGGCACGCGCAGUGUGAAGGUAUUUUUCUGCAACAUUAAUAAGCCGAUGUCAGAAUUCUAUACGCCACGCAAUACUUUCCCCUAGUUAUCUUUUCUCUACGGAUUACGAUUUCAUAUUUUCCAGACGAUCCUAAUAAACUUUUUUAGAUCUGCGAACAAAGGUUUUAUGAAACCACGCUCCCCGCUUUAAAUUUAGUAAACCACCCACAUUGACUUAGCACUUUCUCCUUGCGUAAAUUGAUUUUGCUCAUUUUUAAAUAUCUGUCGCCAAAAGGACGAAUGCGUGAACUUAUAAUUCUCUUAGAAAUUAAGGAAAGAGAAUAUGUGCUUUUUACAUGCCACUCUUACUUAAAGGCAAAACGAAUUCUUACGUAAAGGAAGUGUUUAAAUAUUUGGAGACUAUUUACUUACAGAGGAUUUUUUGAAAAUUUUCACUUUUUACAACGGUUUAAGGCGGAGAAAGCUUAAAGAUUUAAUUUGCAAAACUCAAAAAAUUAAUCCUGACUGUUGUUUACUCGCUGGUGUUUUUUAUGUAUAGAGUGGAAUAGCGAGACACUAUUAUACGUGACAAUGCGAUUUAUCACUCAUCAUGGUUUUGGUAUCAGACAGUGCCGAAUAAAAAGAAUUAAGUAAAAAUUGUCUGCUAUUCUUAGUAUCUAUGGCGUACGUGUUAAAAUUAAUAGCCCACGCAAUAGCCAAAAGAAGGUCGGUAUAGCUGCAAAACCGUUUGCAGACUGAGACCUUAAAUUGGAGCACAAAAUAAAUAACAGGAUAUAAAUAGAGGAAACAGAAUGGUUUUAAAAUUUUUACAUAUAAUAAAUGAAAAAAUGGAAGUCGCCUAAAGGAAAAAACGAUUCAUAAAAAAUACAUAUCACAGGUAAAAACAUAAAGUCAAAUUUUUAUGUUUCAAGACGAAGCAUUGAGGAUGAAAGGAAAUAAUGUGGAGUAGAAAUAAAGAAGAGAACGAAUGUACGGAUAGCUACCCCUGUGUUAAACACCAGGAAGUCAGAUAAACUGCGUAAGCGUCGAGGUUGCCAAAAAUGUUUGUGAACUGAAAGUACUCAGCUCCUAUUAUAAUUUUUCUAAGCUGAAAAGAUCUCUUUUGGGCUACCUUAUCCGCGUUCGAUAACUUGGUUUACCGUAACGAUUGCAGUAGAGUUAAGGCUGUUCGGGGGAAAAGACUGCCCGAAACCCCACGUUCACGGACCAGUUACCGUCUAUAGAAGAAAAAUUGAACAGCAGGGGGAAUGCUUCCUAGCGGACAUGUGUAUUAUUCUGUCAAACUACUUUGAUGUUGACCGUCAAACCCGAUGCAGUUUCUCAUAAUUUAGAUGGGUCCUUUUUAUGGCCAUCCAGAGUAUUUAAAAUCGGCAUUAUUUAUAGGUCAUCCUUCAAAUAUUGCUCUCCUGCAGAAAUACUUUCCGUAAACGACCACCUGAGAGAUAAUAGCAAAAGGAAACGUGCUUUCCAGGGGACGGCCGGUGAUAAACAUCUCCCUGAGCAAAGAAACCGUCCUUUAGAAGUUUACUCUAAGAACAUUGUUUUAGCUCAUGCACCACAGCGAGGUUGAUUUCUCCAAUCUCUUGUACUUGGAGUCGCAAAAGCGAAGGACUUAGUCCUAGUAAGCCACAAAAACUAUUUUGACCAAAAAUCACAGAAUAACUUUUACAUGCACUUUAGACUACGAAGGCUCAGCAAUUUAGUUGUAUCUGGUCAGGAAAAAUCAACACCCAGUGAAUUUGAAAACAAAUCUGUUAGCAAUACCGGUGCCGGAAAUACAACCUUUAACGAGUCCCUUAUUGAGACUGCAGGACAACAGGACACUACGUUGGAGAAGGAAUACAACCAACUUGAAUGGAGACAACGUCGGGUCUGUUCACUAUUAUAG